AUGCGGGACAAGGAACUUCAACUCCGGACCAGGCUUGCGGUCGUGGCCACCUUCUCCAUCUUCCUACUGACCUGGGAGGCAUCAGAAAGCUCCGGUGCUGGUGUUGCAGCCGCUGUGGUCAUGGCCAUCAUCCCCGCGCACCUCAUGCGCUCGAUGACAGGAGAGUUUGACAACGAAUGCGUGGCCAUGGCCGCGUUCUGCACGGCCUUUUGGCUUUGGUGCCGCUCGGUGCGGAAUCCGUCCUCCUGGCCAUGGGCUGUGCCAGCAGCUUUAGCCUACGCCAGCGCAGUGGCCACCUGGGGUGGGUACAUCUUCGUGAACAACUUGAUCGGGCUCCACGCGGCAGUCUUGGUCGGGCUUGGCAAGUACAACUCCGGCCUCUACCGUGCCUACUCGCUGUGGUAUGCUUUGGGGACAGCGCUUGCCACGCUGGUGCCUGUUGUUGGCUGGACGCCUUUGCGAUCGAUUGAGCAGAUGCCCUCCUUGGCCGUUUUCCUGGGCUACCAGGUUUUAGAGCUCUGCGACUUGUACCGGCGGCGGCGCGCCCCGAAUAUGAGCGCCCUGAGAUUCUGCCUGUUCCGCGUGGCUGUCUUCGCAUCGAUCGGCGUGGUCACGGCCGGGGUCUGCUGGGCGCUGAUGCAGCUGAACUACUUCUCCCCCUGGUCCUCGCGGAUCCGGGGCCUCUUCCUGAAGCACCGGAAGACUGGGAACCCCCUCGUGGACUCCGUGGCAGAACAUCAGGCGGCCAGCGAGCAGGCCUAUGACAUGUACCUGAGCACUCCAAGGUUUUUUGCGUUCGUCGGCCUGCUAUUCUGUUGGCACCAGCGAACGCCUGCAAAGAUCUUUCCCGUCCUGUUCGCAGCAGUGGCCUACCACUUCUCCUUGAAGAUGAGCCGCCUCAUCAUCAUCUGCGGUCCCAUUGUGUCGAUCCUGGCAGGUUACCCUGUGGGGAUCAUCGGCGACUGGUGUCUUGAGCAGGUCAAACGCCUCUGCUGUGGGCCCCCGCCGACCCCAGCGGAGGAGGAGGCACCAAAGCGCACAGGGGGCAUGGGCUCCAUCUUCCGCGUCUGCUCAAUGGUGAUGUGGCCAGUGACCUACACAGAUGAGAUCAAUGCAGUGGACAAGUGGAGAACGUACGUUGCCACCAGGCUCCCCGCACUGGACCGAUUCACCAGGCUCAUCGUGGCCUUAGCCCUGAUGAGCUGGGGUUGGCGGGAGGCCCAGGAGCCCUGGCAGAAGUUCGUGUCGCUUUGCUAUCAGCACGCAGAGUCUUUAGCGGGUCCUGGCUUAGCCUACGAAGCACGGCUUCGAAAUGGCAAGACCAUCAUUGUCGACGACUACUACCAAGGCUACGUCUGGAUCGACAAGAACACGCCUCCGGAUUCCAGAGUUUUGGCUUGGUGGGACUAUGGCUACCAGAUCACCGGCAUUGCGAAGCGGACUUCCGUCGCUGAUGGCAACACGUGGAACCACGAACACAUCGCCACGAUCGGCCGCAUUUUGUCCAACCCGGUGAAGAAGUCGCACAACAUCAUGAAGCACCUGGCGGACUAUGUGCUCGUCUGGGCCGGGGAGCGGGAGACGGACCUCAGGAUAUCGACCCACUUCGCACGCAUCGGGAACUCGGUGUUUCCGGACAUCUGCGGCCCACGGGAUCCUACCUGCAGCAAGUACGCGGCGUACCCGGAGCCAACACCGAUGAUGCGGGAGUCCUUUGUCUACAACGCGGUGAAGCACAAGCUGCUUCCCGGGGUCGAGUUGAACCCCAAACUCUUCAAGGAAGUCCACACGACGAAGCACGGGCUGAUGCGAAUCUUCCAGGUGCUCAACGUCUCGCAAGAGUCCAAGGCCUGGGUGGCGGAUCCGGCCAACAGAAUCUGCGACGCCCCUGGCAGCUGGUACUGCACUGGGCAGUACCCGCCAGCACUGAGCAAGCUCAUUGCGAAGCGGAAGAACUUCGCACAGCUGGAGGACUUCAACCGCAAGCAGACCGAAAAAAGCGACUACACCCGCCUCAUCGAGAAGCAGCAGGCCGAGACGGGCCGCGAUGCCGACUUAUGCACCGACGUUGUGACUGGUCUUCCCAGUUCGUGCCUGCAGUGCGUCCGAGAGUGGUCAGCUAGGCGGGUGCGGACGCGGCGCUUCUACGACUGGCACAACUGCAACCCAAUCAAGGUGCUGCUCUCCCAUUGCCUCGAUGGGCAGAAGCCGAUACCGCCUUUUGAAGUUGGGAAGGAGUAUCUGCAGGAGAACUCCGCCGAGUGGAAAGAUCGGUCUGAAAAGUUGCGGCGACUCCCCGGAGAGAUCUGGACGCUGCCAUCGGACCAGGCGGAAGAUGAAAUGUGCCCGCUGAUGGUCCCAGAGGUCGAAGAUCUGCUGCAGCGGCCCAUGGAUUGGUUUGGUCAGCUCAGUCGGAGCGUGAGCAACUUCGGUGCCAAACGAUCAGCUCCGACGUCUCCGACGAGGGCCAAGUCAGAUGACGAGGCCGCGCUCGCCGAGCGGUGA